AUGAGAAACUCUUUAGAUUGUAUGAAAAAUGUUAAAGAAUCAGGAUUAAUGCAUUCUUCAGUUAUUAGCAAUAAUGAUAUUGGACCUGAACCAUAUACAGAUAUGAGUGCUUAUAACAUUCCCAUAGAAAGUAACUCACCAAAUGUAGAAAAUCAUGCUGCAAACACAAUUCGUGUAUUAGCAGAUAUGUUCACUUGUAGGCAGUCAAAUUUUCCUAUGACGGUUGGGAUUUUCACUCAACAAAACAAUAAAGAAUAUCUUUCACAACUAGCAAGUGAACUACACAACCUUAAUCGUCUUGAAAAUCCAAUACCUUUGAAAUUUAGCAAAUUGCUAUUUGUAUUCCCUUUAAUGAUCAGUGCAAUUUUAGGAUAUUUUGUUGGAAUGCUCACGAAUUGGCAGAUUGGCUUAUCUAUUGGGCAUAUUGGUAUGUUCAUACAAAUUACUUUUCUAGCAUUGAUUAUAACAGGAUCUCGAUUUUGUCAAAAACCAAUUGCUAUACGUGCCAGCUAUUCAAUAGCCUGUUUUCUUCAAUGGAUUAAACUCUUUUUAAAUAUCUGUUUUUGUUAUCCUGUCAAAUCAAUAAAUACUAAAACACCAGUCAGAGUUAUUGUUGUAUAUCAUCGGAUAUGCCCGUCUUCAACAACAAAUAUAGCGUUAUUCUCAUUAGUUGAAAAAAUGUGGUUUGGUUUAGUCCGACAUUAUGGACAAAUUUUAAUCAGACUCCAGAGGGCUGGAAAACCUUCUGGAAAUCCAAAUAUUAAAUAUAAACGUGUAUGCUGUUUACCUGCAUUUGUUGUAAUGAUAGCUUUUUGGAUUGCAUUCCUUAUCUCUACUAGUAUCAUGCGUUUAUACUCAGGUCAAUUAGCUAAAUUACUUGGACAUGGUUUAUUAAUGAAUCCAAUUACACCUGUAAAAACUGCAUUAACAUCAUUUUUACAAACUAAUAAUGAUAUAGAUAAAGAAUUUUUUAAUUCGAAAUCAUUUGGAAAAAUUAAUGAAACUGUAUUAUAUUCUAGUUCAGCAUCAUUUAAAGAUUUAGCUAUAACAGCUGAAGAACAAAAAGCAUGUAAAGCAGAUUUAUUCAUUAAAUCAGAAUUUGCUAAAAUUUGUAAUUUAUCAGUUACAUUUGACCGUUUCACUAAUACACAACAAACUAGAUUCAUUUUAUGCUUAGAUGCUAGUAGUACAUUACAAAAAGAUUUAUUAGCAAAAUUAAUAUAUCAAAUACAUAAUUUAUUAUUAUCUGUUAUGAGUGCACCAGUUUCUAUUGUACUAGAGGCAAAUUUUAAAAUUCUUUUAGGCGACCUUGUGUGCAGUACAAUUUUAUCCCCAUACAAUACUACAUUUUGUAAUAGUUUUACACAAGAACCAAAACUUAUUGCACAAAUAGUUGGCAAUAAUUUUCAUUUAGUACAUGCUAGCUUAUAUUUACCAAUAUAUUUAGAACCACCUAUUUUUACCGAUUUCCCAGAAAUGAUAAAAUCAAAUAAUGAACAAAUGAAACAUAAUCAACUUUUACAUUCAUCGUUCAAUGGUUACUCAUCAACAAAUGCUAACUUACAAUCUAAUAUAAUUUCACCGGCAGAAGUAUCAACUAUCAAUGUAUCAUCAAGAAAAGUGUCAUCUAGUCCGAAUUGCGUUUCAAGUCAUGUACCAAGAGCUAUGUUUAACAACUUUUACGGGACAAAUUCAAAUAACCAACAUAAUUCUAAAAUUACUCCAAUAAAUAAUGAAAAAGAACAAAAUAACAACGAAGUUACGGAAGUGAAUGAGUUCAUCAGUGUAAAUGAUAUUGCAAGUAGGUUUUUACAUAAUCAUGAACUAGCUGAUUGGAAUGGGAAAGUUAUCAAACAAUUGGUGUUGUCUACAGCAUUUACAUAUCGUCUAUUGAAACUGUACAAUAUGAAUAUUGAAAUUGGACUAGUAGUCUUAUGGAUAACGCUUAUUCAUCAUUGGCCAUAUCAUACAACUUGGUUAAUAAUUUAUCUAGAAGAUUUGAAUGCUUCAAAUUCAAUAAAUUCCAACAAACAACAAAAUCUUGAAGUCAAAAUUAACCUAAUGGAGGCUUUUCUCGAGGUUAAAAAAAGAGUUGGUGAAUCAAUUGAAAUACUGGAAGCUUUAGCAACAGAAGAUCGAGAUUUAGAAAGACUUAAUAAAUUUCUUUAUUCAAAAUCAUCAACUCAAAUUCCGGUGAAUUCGUUAAAACAACUUAUUGCAUGUAGCCUAAUACAUAGUCCAUUUAUCCGUUAUUCAAUUCAAGCUCUAUUGGGAAUGAUGAACGAUCGCCAAUCAUCAGGUCUACAUCAUAGUUUUGUGAAUCCUCUUGAUGCAGUCGUUGAGGAGAAGAAUGAUACUACAAACCAUAGUUUCGCUUUAGAUAAAGUUAGACAAACAAAUUCAAUACCCAUCUAUGCAAGUGUUCAGUUGAAUUCUUCAAGGGGACAAACAAAUCAAAUUAGCUGCAAAACAACUGAUUCACUAUCAUCUGCUGAAAACCUUCCUUCAAACGCCCACUGGCCAUGUUCAUCUGCUACAGUCACUACAGGGGAUAAUUUCUUUAAUAAACCAUGUCCACUAAGGUUGAAGAAAAGAUACCCAUCUCUUCCAAUAAACCAAUACACAGUUAACGAUGUCUGUGAGUUAUUUUCAAGUAUCGUUGACAUUCAUCCAUCUCAUAUGCAAUCUUAUAUAUCCAAAAUAAAACAACUAAAUAUAAAUGGAAUUGUACUCUCAGUAUGUGAUCUAGAGAAUCUAAGACAAGAAUUAAUGAUUGAAAUAAGUGACUGGCAACUGAUUUAUAAACUGAUAACUUGGUUACGAUCAUCAUCUAAUAAUGGACACAUAACUUUGUCUGAAAGUUCACAACAAAGACUAGGUGGUAUUUCUUCAAAUGAGUUUGAUGUAAGCGACCUGCUAACUGGAUAUAACAUGACUUUUAAAGGUAAAUAUCAGCAACCACAACAACAAUUAUCUAAUCACACACUACUUACAUCGAUGCCAUCUUUGAAUUCUGAAAAAAUGUCAUGUACAUCAGAUCAGAAACCGAAAACAUCUAAUCCGUUUCUUGUUAGACAAACACCUUGGCUUGUUUCGCCAAAAAUACCAAUCACAAGCUUAUCAUCCAAUGGUAAAUCACUUGAACCAUUUCAAGAAUUCACUCUUGAACAGCGUCCUAGUCCAGAUACUUCUGACCAACAGAAUUCCUGUAGUGCUAUGGAAGAACCAGAAUCGUUAUGGAAAACUGACGGUUUAAUAAAUGUUUCUGCAACUACGGAUAAAACACCCGUCCCACAUCCAAACAUGUUGAUUGGAAGCAUUGAAAAUUCGCAUAUAAUCAAUAAUCCCAACCUGUUUUCACACCAGGAAGGCUUGAGUAAACCAAAAGAAGUAAAGAAAGCAAAUCCAGAAUUUUGUUCAUCAUUUGUGUGUCCAUUAACAAAACGUAAUGCGAAUUUUUAUAACCAUGAUUUAUUCAAUAAUAUAAAUCAUCCAUUUGAUCCAAACAUACAUAAUAUUAAUGCCUCUAAUUUGAGGCGCAUCACUAAACAACCUCGUAGUAAUUAUGAUUAUCAAACUAUCGAGAAUAAUACACCUGUAUUAAUUGCUAACGGUUAUAACAAUGGAAGUAGUAUUAAUAACAACGAGGAUCACGUCAAUAACAUAACACCAAGCAAAAUCCAUAUUAAACAUUUAGAAGAAUCAUUGAAUAACGUUGAAUCUGAAACAGAUGAUACAGUUCAAUCUUCGGACAAUAAAAAUUCCCAACUUAAUUUUCUUAAUCAAAACAAAUCAUUUUUAAAUCAUUUAAAAUAUUAUCCUUCUUAUAAGAUUCAUCCAAAAGCAAUUUUCUCUUCACCAGCUUUAACACCAGCUCAGUUAACUAGUCUACAAGCUUAUACUGAAUGGUCAACAAAAAUGAAUCCAUACUUUGCAAAUGCAACAAUUAUGACUAACACAGGGUCUGUUAUUCCAAAUAAUUCAACUAAUGUUUGGCCUAGUUAUCUGGAACAACAUCAAGUAAAUAAAUUCCCUAUAUUUAAAUCAACCACACACAAAACUUCCGAUCACAAAUCAUUUAGACCAAGUCAAAAGAAAAGGCCAAGAAAAACAAAUCCAGAUGACAAUGAAUAUAUUAUAAAUACAAAUAAAGAAUUUCAACCUACUAAUUUAACAAAAGAUAAUGUACAUUCAUUAAAAUUAUCAUAUGAUUCAGAUGCUGAAUUGUGUACAUGUGAUUACUGGUAUGAAUUAGAAAAGGCAAAAGAAAAGUUUACAAUUAGUGAACCAUCUUUAAGAGCUGAAUCAGAUUUAAUAAGUAUAGAUGAUUUUGUUAUUGAUAAUGAUUAUCAGUCAAGUGCUACAGAAUCAUUAAAUUCAACCCAUAUAUUACAAACAGACAAGAGUAAACUUUCAAAAUAA